AUGCCACUAAAAAGAUUGAAUCGCGACGACUACGAGGUGGCAUGGAUCUGUCCGUUGGAGGUGGAACAAAUCGCCGCGAUGGAGAUGCUAGAUGAGGAGCACGAGACUCUGCCACAACCACGCAGCGACACCAAUAUCUACAAUCUCGGCACCAUCAACAAUCACAAUGUCGUUAUCGCCGGUCUCCCUAAGGCGGGAAAUUGUCCUGCUGCCGCCGUUAUCACGCAGAUGAAGAUGACAUUCCCAAACCUAAAACACGGACUCUUGGUUGGGAUUGGCGGCGGCGUGCCGGUGAAGACCGAUCAAGGGAUGAUCCGUCUCGGGCACGUGGUGGUUAGCGAGCCGACAGGUAUACACUCUGGAGCAGUGCAAUAUGAUCACGGAAAGGCGACAGCGGGGCAGUUUGAACUCAAAGGGUCUCUUAACCCUCCGCCAACAGCCCUCCUGAAUGCUGCUCGGGAGGUGUCGGUACGGCGUCAACGACUAGAUCAUGACCCUAUUUGGAAGAACACGCAGAGAAUCGACACCAGCCGUCCACAUCUUCGUCGCUUCAAAUUUCCUGGGGUCGCGAACGAUUGUCUUUACCAACCCCAUUACGAGCAUCGGCGAGCAGACGCAUCAUGUGAGGAUGGUGGGUGCGACCCGAAGCAGCGCAUCGAACGACCGAUAAACGAGUUUCAUGAGACCUUUGUCACCGUGCACAGAGGAACAGUAGCGUCGGGAGAGCUCGUAAUAAAGGAUGCCAUGAAGAGGGACAACCUCGCUCGGAAGCUUGGGGUGCUAUGCUUUGAGAUGGAGGCAGCAGGAGCCAGCACCGAUUUCCCGUGCAUGAUUAUCCGAGGCAUCUCGGACUACUGCGACUCCCACAAGAAUGACGUGUGGCAUGGAUACGCUGCGGCAGUAGCGGCUGCUUAUGCAAGACAAUUGUUCUUCCAUAUGUCUAUCAAAGAAGCAGCGAAUUAA